AUGUAUAGCUUCUGGCCUGUUUUGCUUGUCAACUACAACUUACCACCUGAUUUAUGCAUGAAGAAGGAAAACAUAAUGCUUACAUUGUUGAUUCCUGGUCCACAUCAGCCUGGAAAUAGCAUUGACGUCUACUUGGAGCCGCUCAUAGAGGAUCUAAACCACUUGUGGAAUAACGGAGAGGUCACAUAUGACGCCUUCAGCUGCAAAGUGAAAGGUAAAAUGGGAUGUCCUUUGUGUGGGAAAAAUACUGAUUGUAUGUGGUUGAAGUUCAGCAGGAAGCAUGUGAAUUUCAAGAACGAAUUUGGAAACUUGAAACGAUCUGGUAGAAAGAGGAAAAAGCCUGUGUGUACAUCUGUGGGCUCUGAAGUUGAGGAUUUAUCUAGUGAGUCAGAGGAAGAAGAAGAGGAAGAAUUACAAGUAGAUGUGGAGGAGUUACUGCGAUGGAAGAAAAAAUCAAUCUUUUUCAAGUUACCUUAUUGGGAGGAACUCCCUGUGAGACAUAACUUGGACGUAAUGCACAUUGAGAGGAAUGUGGCUGCAAGUAUAGUGUCUACAUUGUUGCAUUGUGGCAAGUCGAAAGAUGGUCUUCAGGCUCGUAAAGAUUUGGAGGAGUUGGGUAUUAGGAAGGAUCUACAUCCAACCAUCAAAGGGAAACAGACGUAUCUACCAGCAGCACCUUGGUCUCUUUCCAAGACAGAGAAGAAGAUUUUUUGCAGGCGCCUAUUAGACUUCAAAGGCCCUGAUGGAUAUUGCUCAGACAUUUCAAGAGGUGUGUCAUUAGAUGAGUGUAAGCGAGUCAUAGAUAGAGAACAAUUGGUAAUGGAAGCUGAGAUUGUUGAGACUCUUUGUAUGUUCGAGAGGUUUUUUCCCCCAAGCUUCUUCGAUAUAAUGGUGCAUCUGACGGUACAUCUAGGAAGGGAAGCACGACUUGGUGGUCCAGUCCAUUUUAGGUGGAUGUACCCAUUUGAAAGGUAUAUGAAAGUUUUGAAGGAUUUUGUCAGAAAUCCUGCUAGACCAGAGGGAUGUAUCGCUGAAUCUUACCUUGCUGAAGAAUGCAUCCAGUUUUGUAGUGAUUUUCUGAGAAAUACUACAACUGUGCAAGAAAAACUCGAUAGAAACACCGAGUACGAGAAUGUAUCCAUUCUGGAGGGUCGUCCAAUCUCUGCAGGCUCUCCAGUAACUCUAACUGAAAUGGAGAAGAACAUAGCCCAUCUUGCUGUCAUCCAAAACAUGGCAGUCGUUGAACCUUACGUAGAAGUAACGGAAAUUAUUCUGUUGGAUUAUAAUGUAUUCUAUGUGGCUCUAUUCCGGUGUCAGUGGGCAGUUCUGGGAAAUGGAGUUAAGAAAGAAGAUGGUUUCACACUUGUUAAUCUGCAUCACAAUCAGACUUCUUUCUUACGAGACCCAUACAUUUUAGCCUCACAAGCGAAGCAGGUUUUUUACUCUAGGGAAGAUGAGUCAUCAAGUUGGUAUGUGGUUAUGAGAGGGCCUUGUAGAAGAUACAGUAAGGAAGAAGUCCAAGAAGGAAAUGCAGACAUUGGGCCAUUGCCAUCUACUGUUGUCAUGGAUGUUGAUAUGGAUGAGUCUGAGAAUUCACGAACUGAUUGUCAAGGCAUAUAUGUUUGA